AUGCAUGCCCGUGGCCAGCAAGCAUUCCGAACUGAACAGCUGCACGCCAAGUAUGGUCCCGUCGUCCGCAUCAGUCCAAACCACCUUUCCUUCACAGAUCCUCAAGCAUGGAAGGAUAUCUACGCAUACCGCCCAGGAGGUGAGAUGGCGAAAGCAGAUCAAAUCUUUCGACCGGUGAAGGGUGUGACGAGCUCGAUUCUCAAUGCAGAUCAUGAAGAGCACGCCAAGAUUCGACGUGCUCUGGCACACGGAUUCUCAGACGCCUCGAUGCGUGCGCAGGAGCCGCUGAUUGCAAAUUACGUGAAGCUGCUGUUAUCGAGGUUGAGAGAUGAAGUUUCAGGUGGUAAGAGUGUACAGAAUAUUGCUGCGUGGUACAAUUGGACCACUUUUGACUUGGUGAGCGACUUGGUGUUUGGAGAGUCCUUUCAUUGCCUCGAGACGACUGGGUAUCACCCAUGGGUGGCCUAUAUUCUCAAAGCCGUCAAGUUUAAUGCCAUCAUCCAAGCGCUGAGCUACAGUGGGCUUGGGAUUGUGGUGCAAAUGCUGCAUGCCCUGGGCGGGUUUCUUGCACUUGGCAAGAUUCAAGAGUACACCAACAGUAUGCUGGUAUCACGGCUCGGAAUGGGCAAAGGCCGUAAUGACCUCUUCGAGGGUCUUGCUAAACAACAAGAGCAACUCAAUCUCUCAUUUGAAAAGCUGAGCCGCAAUGCUGUGGUCCUGCUCCUUGCGGGGUCGGAAACGACGGCCACAACACUUUCUGGAGCAACUUACUUCCUGCUUUCGCAUCCACAUGUCCUCCGUCGAUUGACGGAUGAGAUCCGUUCCAGCUUCUCUAGUUCGGAGGAGAUUACGAUUGCUUCCGUUGGGAAGUGUUCUUAUCUACUCGCGGUUCUUAAUGAAACCUUGAGGUGCUAUCCUCCGCUCACUGCUGGGGGAGUUCGGGUCGUGCCGGCUGGAGGUGCGAAAAUCGCUGGACACUUCGUUCCUGAAGGAACUCUCGUUGAGAUCCAACACUGGUCCGUAAAUCACAGCACAGACAACUGGAAAGACCCGUGGGUGUUCCGGCCGGAACGCUUCUUGUCAGGAUCCAAAGACGCGGCUGAAAAAUUCGAUAAACUAGAUGCCGUCCAAGCAUUCAGCGUGGGUCCGCGCAAUUGCAUUGGCAGGAAUCUCGCAUACCAGGAAAUGCGUCUCAUCCUAGCUAACAUCAUUUACAACUUCGAUUUAGACUUGGAGGACGAUAGCCAAGGAUGGAUAGAGCGGCAAAAGACAUUUAAUGUGUGGGACCGGGGACCAUUGAAUCCUGUGAUCGAUGCCGCCUUCAGAAGCUCCGAUGUCCGCCUAGUGUGGAUGGCACAGAAACGUGCACCAGAUGUAAACGACUCGGUGCACGAUGCAUUACCAGCUACCCAAGACGACCCAACGGUGCUCAGCAAACAACGCAGUCUCAAGGGCAACCAGAAUUGA